AUGAGCUCGAUAUCCGCCUGGAUCGCGCAGGUUGUGGGUGUGUGCCUGUCCUUCUACCUGGGCGAAUCUCCGCAGAGCGUUAUUGAAGUGGAGGAUGACGGGACCAGCCUACACUUCAAUGUCAAAGAUUUCAACGCUGCGGUUAUUGUGGCAGAGUGGGGCAUGGGCUCGCUAUCUGACACCGCAGUUUUGAUGGAUUCGAACAAUCAGAUCGAUGCGACCAUAUCCCAGGAUGCACUUGCUGCGUUCAAAAUCGAAUCGGAGGGCUUGCAACCUAUGGAUGGGCCUAAAAAGCAUCGUUUGAAGCUUCUGGACUUUCGCCUCGUCUUCCAAUACUCAACUGCCGAUGUACGACUUCACGUCAACCGCUUUCGCAUUGACUGGAGCGAAGGACCGCUCAAAUAUGUACCUGCAAAGAAGCUAAGGAAAGAGAAGAGUCUUAAGUCCGUCCUGGAGAGAGCACGCCAGAAGGCCGUAAAGCCUAAGGAAAUUCUCAAAUCGAACGGAGCAUUGUUCUCGGUAUCCAACUUUAACGGGUCUGAUGCCCAUAACCAACACCGGUCAGAAGAAUACCAGAGCAGUCCCGCGAAUGUUAUGAGCUCGCAACAAUUGUUCUCCCAGAUUCCUACGGAUGAACAUAGUACACCGGACCGCUUUUCCAAGACGGGUCGCUCUCUCUUGCGUGCCCCGGCUGAGCUUCUCCAGCGUCUCAUGCCUUCAUUUCGUCCGACCCUCAGGGAUAUUCCACGAGAUUCUCUACCACGGCAAGACCAUACCGAGGUCUUUGCUGACGAGGGCUCCUGGGUGACAAGUGGCGGUGGUCGAGUUGCAAAUAAUUCUCAGCAGCCCACACCAUUAGCCCCGGUGAUAAAUGGUAGCCAUCAAGGGAUCUCUUUUCCACAUGAUCUCAGAAACGGGAAUGAGGAAUACACGAACUUUGAGAGUCAGACCUCUGUACCGGUGGAGGUUUCCUCUCGGCAGGUUCCACCUGGCUCGGCUUCUAGCAAUGGUGACAUUACAGAAUCCCUGUCAUCCCAGAAUCCUCCUGCUGGCUUUAGUGACCCAACGGUCCAUGAAACCAAUCGGAUUGCCGAAGAGUCAUUGGCCAUAGACCAUACCGCUAGUGAACCAUCGCAUGGGGUGGAAAGACCACCCUCUCGAAAACGGCAGCGUGAGAGCGUGGAAAUUCAAUCACUGCCGGCUUGUGAUGACGAUUCCCGCAAAGAGUCUAAAGGAGAGACCCCGUCGAAAAAAAGACAACGCAUCGAUGCUGCCCAUGAAACGCUGAAAGAAUGGUCCGAUACUGGAAAGCCAACGGAAGGAAAACUUGACAUGCCCCAUGCGGAAGAACAAAGCCUCUAUGGAGACCCCGUUCCGUUUCACUCAUCCCGACCAAUGAGGGCUAACCCGUGGGAGGGGCUUGGAAUGAUACCAUCGAGUGAGGUCUAUAUUUCAAAAGACCAGACAAAGCUGCUUGAAGAAAAACUUUGGAUACCACCUAUGCCAAAUGAACAAAUGCCUCGAGGGCAUGUACCACCUUCGCUCUUGAGGCAAUGGAACAACAUUGUGGAGAUAAGACAUCGACGAGCAGAAGAAGUCAAGGCUAUACCAGAACAACCUCCUACUCCGACGCAAGAUACCGUAAUGUCUUCUGAUCAUGAGGACUCUGGGUCUGAAGGAACCCCAAUUGAUUGGACGCCAACCCCCGAGCAACGUCGCUUUGAGAAUCGUCUUCCAUCAGACAGCAGCCCCGUGAGGCAACCAAGCUUUAUCGGCAAUAAGAAAGCCGCGAGUGCUGGAAAUCAUAAUCUUAGGCAGACAAAGGGCCAUGAUGAUUCGGGCGAUGCAACUAGACUUGACAAUGUAUCUCAGCCUCAAACUGGAUGUGCUGAGCCGUCUCAAAGUGCCCCUGAGGUAUCCGCAGCCGAAAUCUCUCGGCCGCUGAACUGUGAAGACGCCGGUACCGACAAGUUCACAACUCCAACCCAAGCUUCUCUUAAACAUGGCGAUGCGGAUAUGGAAAAAUCAAAUCUUCCUCAGCCCCUGGAAUCACAAGCAUCAAAUUUGUCGCAGAAAUCACCCACACAUUUCAGGGGCUCAAAACCCGCCUUUGGACCUGAUGAGGAUGAUUCGGGUGACGAAAGUGACGAGUCAAUGAUGGACACUUCUGUGCCCUUGGGACUCGGGGAAAGCUGGCCAGAUCCGACACAAAGCACUCAGGUCGAGCAAGAUGUGACUGUGACAUGUUCAGGGUCUUCGCUUCCAGGGAUGGAAGGUAAUCAUUUCCAAGUUGCGGAGACUCCUGCAACUCACAAUAGCCGGCUACAUGGCAGCAAGCUAAGUAAACAGGAAACCGAACUCAGCCCUUCCCAAAAGCAGUUGCCUUCGUCUCAGGCCAACAAAACUUCGUCGCCAUCACGAGUCCUCAACACUUAUCCUUAUCAUGGAAGCUAUGAGAAAAGCCAGUCAUCAAACGAAGGUCCAAGUCCGUCUUCUCAUCCGUCAUACGAUGUAUCGCCUCGGGUGGAUGUUGAGGGAACCCAACCGCAAAACAGCAGCAUGAGUGUUCCAUCGCAGAAUGCUACUCAAUCACAAGAGAUCGUGCUCAAUUCUUCGGGCUCACCUCAUCGUCACCAAAAUUUCUCCCUGUCAGAUCAACAAGUGGUAGCUGAGCACUCUUCUCUGUUGUUUACGAGCUCUCAAGAACCAGCUUCGACUCAGUUCAAUGAGCAAACUCAGGGGUCAACGGAAGGAUGUCCUUCACAAGAUGGGCCCGUGGGCUUUUCACAGGUCUCUCCGGCAGGGCAUUCCAACCCUGCAGUCACAGAUCCGGUCUACACUCCAUUAAGAAGCCAAAAAGGCCUGCCACGUGAAAACGAAGGGUUCGGCGAAAGUUCGAUGAACAUGCAAAACACUCAAAGCGCUGCUCUUGUGGCCCGACGUCUUUCCCACAUAAAGAAUCCAGAGAAGGUCGCUCAGGCCAAGGAAGUUUACAAGAGAUUUUGCAUCGAUUAUUCAGUUUAUGCUGGGGACUUCGAUCACUUCAUCGAGUUGUGCUCCAAGCUACAGGCAAUUCGGGCGAGUGGCCAGCUUCAAUGGUCAUUCCUUUGGGACGAUUUCAUCAUAAUGCAUCUCCAGCGAUAUCCUUCUCGCAUUGAGGAGCGUGCGUCCCAGGAGAUGGAGACGUUGAGCUACGAGGAAUACUUCCUUUUAAACUUCACACACCCGAUCUACAGAAAACGCAGCCUGACGGCGCACGGGAUCGAGCUUGCGGCAUCACAAUUCAUGCCGGCUGAAUUGGCACCCUUAGUCGCCAGCAGCCAAGUCCAACCAGACCUGCCUCCUCAAGGUGAAGCAAAGGAUUCCUCGUUGACGACAAGUUUGGCGAAAAAUCUCUUCAACUUGCACGCCCACUCCAUCAACGAAUUCGCUAAGAGCAGUCUUCCUGGGGCGGGCGAUCCUGGCUUCAUUGCAUCUUCCCGAGCCUCCUCUGUCUCAAUCAAGAUGGAAGGACCGGGCCAGGACUACUACAAUGAAUCAGCAUAUAUUUCAACAAAGUCCAUUGAUGUCGAUGACUCAACGGGCGUCAAGCCCGCUCUCUCCAGUCUCGAGUCGAGUCUUGACCAACCCCCAGACACUACUCAUCACGAGGUGCGAAACGAUGCCGAUGAUAUCAGCAUGGGUGAAGUCGAAGAAACCGAUCUAGAUGACACCCACCAUGAAACCGCCAGCGUCGAGCUCGGUGAUGAGAGCUUCAUCUCGGCCGCACCGGCCGUUUCCCCUUCUCGAGCAGAUGGCAGCCCAGCAGCGUCUCCCGACGCAGAAAGCGAGGAUGAAAACUGGUUCGUCUCGCUACGGCAUAUGCGUCCAAAAUGUCCCGUAUGGUCCGGCGACCCCAACACACCCUUCAAGCGCUUUGUUGAGGCGGAGCAGAACGUACGAUCUGAGCGUCUUCGGCGAGGAGGAGCCAAAAUACGUCUUAACGACAAGGGUGUUAUUCGCCGUCCGAUCCACCGUGAUUGA